AUGGGUCAUCUUCACCAGACGGUUCGUGAUCCGGAGGAGGCCCAGGGAUCUGAACGCGGACCCCCUGUUCGGGAUGUCGAACAACCCCGUAGACUGCGAAGAUCGGUUCCCACCAUUCCCAGUAAUCAUCCAGGACCGUCCAUAUCGACCGGUGACGGUGCCGGAGUUGGAGGUUACCAAGACCCUCCUAAAAGAAGAAGGGGUAGGCCCCCAAAGCCUAGAAACCCAAGUACCCUAGUGCCCACCUCAACAGACGGGCGAAGGACAAAAACGCGAGGGAGGCCUCGGAGGCGAACCACCGGGAUCCCGAUCGCCCAUCACGUCUGCCGCCGCGGUCCGGGAAGGCCCCGGAAAAUCGAAGGGAGCCAUCCCCAAGACCCUAACCGCCACCAGUCCCGAGAUACGGAGGAGGGAGAAGAAGGUCCCCGCCGCAGUGGUCGGCUUAGAUCAAGGAAAUAG